UAGCAGGUAGAUACUGAGAUGUUAAUAUUAGCAGCCACUUGACACACCAUGGUUUGACCAGCUGCCCAUUCAUUUCUGCUGUUAGAAGAAAGAGCGGCGACCUGCUACCUGCACCGGCGGACGUUUUAUAGGCGGGUCUAGGUCCAGGUGAAGCCAUGCCUGUCUCCCUGCUGUGGGCAGUGGACGUGUACGGGCGUGUCUACAGCCUGUCCACUGUGGGACAGCAAUGGGAGCAUUGCCGCAAUGCCCACAUGGAGUUCAAGCGGGUGACAGCAGCUCAGCAGUGCUGCUGGGGCAUUGCCUGUGACAGCAGCAUCUACCUGAACGUCCAUGCGUCUGACCUGCCUGUCCGCUACCAAGAGGACACAUACGAAAAUCAGAGAUGGAAUCCCGUAGACGGUUUCUCAGAGCGUCUGCUUCCAAGUGACCGCUGGCAGUGGAGUGACAUCACAGGCCUGCAGCAUCAACCCAUAGCCAGCUUCCAGCUCCCUUCCAGCAGCUGGGAGUGGGAGGGAGACUGGUUUGUGGAUGAAAACCUUGACGGAGAGCCCACAGAAAAAGAGGGAUGGACGUAUGCCAUGGAUUUUCCUGCCACUUACACCAACGACAAGAAGUGGAACUCCUGUGUCCGUCGCAGGCGAUGGCUCCGCUACAGGAGGUACAAAGCCAUGGACACCUGGGCUAAGAUCCCUUCACAGCAGACAACUCUACCGGAUCCCUUUAGUGACAUCAGCUGUGGAGGCUGGGAGAUCAGUGAGGAGCCCAGGGGCCGGCUGUCUCUGUGGGCCGUGUCCCUGCAAGGAAAGGUGUGGUUUAGAGAAGGAAUCUCUCACCAGAACCCUGAGGGUUCUUCCUGGGUGGAGGUGCCUCCUCCUGGAGAAGUGGUCCAGAUCAGCUGCGGCCCCGGGGACCUGGUCUGGGCUGUGCUGUGGGAGGGGCACCUGAUCGUCAGGGAGGGCAUUAGUCGAGACUGCCCAAGAGGUACUUCCUGGGCAGAGGUGGAGUCUCCGAGCCCUGAGGUGGGCGCUAUACAUGUCGCUGUAGGAAUGAAUGUGGUCUGGGCUGUGACCAAAGAUAAUACAGUGUGGUUUAGGCGAGGUGUGAACUCUCAUAACCCCUGUGGUUCCGGAUGGAUCAACAUGGUUGGAGAAAUGAUUAUGAUCAACGUGGGCCUGAACGACCAGGUGUGGGCCAUUAGCUGUGAGGACCGGGUGGUGUACUUCAGACAGGGUGUUACCUCCAGUGAGCUGAGCGGUAAAACCUGGAAGGCCAUCAGCGUUCCUCGAGAUGGGGAGCGAUCCCACUCCAGUGCCAGUGCAAACAGUCAACACAGUGCGGGUUGUUUUUUCUCUGGUGAAGUGCGGGCUCCAUCAGGAGUCAGCGAUGCUGAAUUAGACCUUGAACAUCCACCAGGGGAUGGAGCCAUCAGCAGUGUCACGUUCCCUUGCCCAGACUCCUUCGUAGAUGCCCCUGCAAACUCUUCAUCAGAACCGUGCGUCAAGCCCCACAUCCCCAAGGUCACAAGCGACAGCUUUAUCUCUGAACUCGUCUCUGACCGAAAACCAGCAAAGACAUCUGGAGGUGUUGAAUCAGCCUCUGCCGCUGUCCUAGAGGAGGUCGUCCCUGGUGAAGGAGAGACGGACGUUCUGUCCAGUAACAGUGCUGUUACCAUCACUGGGUCUGGCGGUCCUCCUGACCCCCCGUGGAGCAACGUAGAUCUGGAGGAGGCACAGAUCCAACACGGCCAAACGGGAGCAGACUCAGCUGACUCCUGCAGCCUGUCGUCAGUGGCAACCUACAGCCUGGCCAUGGAGGAUCAGUAUGGGGUGGACGAGCACCCUCUGUGGGCGUGGGUCAGCGGAGGAGGCUGCUCUGUGGACAGCCACUCUCAACUCAACUGGUUCAGCUGCUCUUUGAACACAUCAUCCAUGCUGCAGUCAGUCCAGUCCAUGAGUCUGUCCGUGUCUCCUGCUCAGACAGCUGCUUGGCGGAAACAAAUCUUUGAGCAGCUUAGUGAAAGGUCCAGGAGAGAGAUGGAUCAUUUCAGACAUUACGAACAAGCCAUUGAGCAGUCGGUGUGGGUAAAGAAGGGAGCCAUGCAGUGGUGGAGAGACUGGAAGCCGCACAAGUGGAUCGAUGUUCACUUUGCUCUGGAACAGUUUUCUGGAGCCGAGGGACACAAGGAUGGGAUCUUAUUCAUUUAUUACAAUUAUUAUGAGGAGAAGAAGUACCUCCAUGCCUUCAUUAAUGAAGUAACCAUCCUGGUUCCAGUUCUCAACGACUCCAAGCACACUUUUGCCAUUUACACUCCUGAACGUACCAAACAGAGGUGGCCAAUAAGAGUGGCAGCUGGCACAGAGCUGGAGAUGUAUGAUUGGCUGGCUUUGUUGAGUGUUUCCUGCUGUGACUCCAGAGGAAUCCACGGUUCUCCCUCCAAACAGGCGAUCUGGUCCAUCACCUGUAAAGGGGACAUCUUUGUCAGUGAGCCUUCCUCUGCCCUCGAAGCCAUGCCUUACCCCACACCCUGUGAUCAAAUGUUCUGGCGGCAGGUAGGAGGCCACCUGCGUUUAGUGGAGUGCAACAGUCUGGGGAUAGUGUGGGGCAUCGGCUUUGACCACACCGCCUGGGUCCACACCGGAGGCUAUGGAGGAGGCUUCUUCCAGGGCUUGGCCAGCAGCACAGAUAAUAUUUACACCCAGACUGACGUCAAGAGCGUUUACAUCUAUGAGAACCAGAGAUGGAACCCUGUCACUGGCUACACCAACAGAGGCCUUCCAACAGACCGCUACAUGUGGAGUGAUGCGUCAGGAUUACACGAGUGCACAAAGCCUGGUACAAAACCCCCUUCUCCUCAGUGGACAUGGGUGUCUGACUGGGCUGUUGACUACAGCGUCUCCGGGGGAACAGACAGAGAGGGCUGGCAAUAUGCUGCAGAUUUUCCAGCGUCCUAUCAUGGCUUCAAAACCAUAAAGGACUUUGUGCGGCGUAGGCGAUGGGCCAGGAAGUGUAAAUUGACAACAACAGGACCUUGGCAAGAAAUUCCACCAAUCCCACUGAGUGAUGUCACAAUCCUGCCUUGUGCUGCUCAGAGCAGCGUGGAUACGGUUCCUGUGUGGGCCAUCAGCAACAAAGGAGAUGUCCUGUGUCGACUGGGAGUCACCCUGCUGACGCCUGCUGGAACCUCAUGGCUUCAUGUGGGGACAGACCAGCCCUUCAAGUCCAUCUCUGUUGGGGCUGCCAGCCAGGUGUGGGGCGUGGCCCGGGACGGCUCUGCCUUCUACCGGGGGUCAGUCUCAGGACCAAGCCCAGCAGGGGACUGUUGGUACCACAUCCCCUCUCCGGCUAAGCAGAAGCUGAAGCAGGUGUCUGUAGGCAGGACAUCUGUUUACACUGUGGACGAAAAUGGUAACCUGUGGUACAGACAGGGAGUGACUCCCAGCUACCCUCAGGGCUCCUCCUGGGAGCACAUCUCUAACAACGUACGCAAAGUCUCUGUGGGACCCCUGGAUCAGGUGUGGAUCAUAGCAGACAAGGUUCAGGGCAGCCACAGUCUGAGCUGUGGGACGGUGUGCCAUCGACUCGGAGUCCAGCCCAUGGAACCCAAGGGACAAUCAUGGGACUAUGGCAUUGGGGGCGGAUGGGACCAUAUUACAGUGAGAGCAAACUCCAUGGAGCCACCUCAGAUCUGUCUUCCCUCCAUGACGGAGCCGUCCCGUUAAACUCCAGGAUAACUUUGUAAUGCACUCACUUUUAAGAGACACUUUGGCCUUUUAGGUUUAAAGUUGUGGGCAAGUGUUAUAUUCAGAUAAGCUGAGCCAGUCUAAUAUUUUACCAGACAUUCAAGGUCUAUAAGUAAGUUUUUGUUUUCUGUGUGUUUUGUUCCUUGAUAGUGGUGUUUGUAUUUUGCUGCUAAGCUUGAUGGAUUUUUCUCAGUAGACCUAAUCGUGGAUUCUUUAUUUUGUGUUUGUGUGUGUGGUUUGUUUGUGUCAAUCUCUGCAAGUCAAUUUAACGUGACAAUAGAAAAAUGUUCUUUUUUUACUUAAUUAGGCAGCACAGUAAUUGCCCAUAAAUUUUCUGUUGGAUUUAGUUCUGAACUCUGGCCAUUUUCCUAACAUGAUAUUGUUAUUUUUGUUUAACAACUGUAAAGCUGAAAAAAAAAGUGUUAGCAGGUUAAGCUUUCUAGGUGAAGGUUUUGGGCCAAAACUGACUUAUGUAAAUCUAUUCUUGACAAAAACCUCUCUUAGCAAACCUAGAGCAUGAUGCUGCCACUACCAGUUUUAGCUUGGGUAUGAUGUUCUGGAUGUUUCCUUCAAAAGAGAUGUCUUGCAGCCUUAUGCUUUCUUGGAAAAAUGUCCACGUUUUUGUUUUUCUGCGGUUAUUGAACUACUGUCAUUGCUUUAUGGUACACAGAUUAGUACUUAAACUCAGUAAGAUUCCUCUGAUCCUUUGGAACUUCCUUGCAAAAUAUGGAUAGAAAAUGACCAGGAAAAUCCAGUUUGGAACGGUAAAAUUAUUAGAGCCGAAACAGAUUUAUUAUAAUUGGCAGCAAAUGUGAAUUUAAGCCUUAUCCAUAUUUAUUUCACAAGGUUAUUGUAGACAUUUUGUUUCUUUGUCUCGUAGCAUUUGUUUUUUACUCAGAUUGCAAAAUAUAUGCAUCAAAUAAUUUGAGGGAAAGGUUUUUUUAAAAAAACAUCAGAAUUAAUGUUUUGUUUGUCUCAAGAAGCAGCCAUUUUAACAGGGGUGUGCAGACAUUUAAGAGUUGUUGU